UCAUUUUCCUAUAUAAACCCACUACUAACUAGUUUAGUAGUACUCUCAUAUUAUUAACAUCAUAGUUCAUUGAUACUAUUUCUGAAGAAAUUAACUAGCAUUUCUGGAUAUUAAAUAUUCAACAUCAUGGAUAUAGCACAUUUUUUGUUUGGAAUAUUUGGGAAUGCUUCUGCUUUGUUCCUCUUCUUGGCACCUGUGAUUACAUUCAAGAGGAUUAUAGUGAACAAAUCAACAGAGAAGUUCUCAGGCAUUCCAUAUGUUAUGACACUGCUCAAUUGUCUUCUUUCUGCUUGGUAUGGUUUGCCUUUUGUGUCUCCCCACAACUUACUAGUAUCAACCGUAAAUGGCACUGGAGCAGUGAUCGAAAUCAUAUAUGUUUUGAUAUUCAUCAUAUUUGCACCUAAAAAGGAAAAACUCAAAAUCUUUGGUCUCUUCACUGCGGUACUUUCUGUGUUCUCUAUCGUUGUUUUUGUGUCUCUCUUUGCCCUACAUGGUACUCCUAGAAAGGUCUUUUGUGGUUUCGCCGCCUCCAUAUUUUCCGUCAUCAUGUAUGGUUCUCCACUCUCUAUUAUGAGACUAGUGAUCAAAACCAAGAGUGUGGAAUUCAUGCCAUUCUUCUUGUCACUUUUUGUGUUUCUUUGCGGAACUUCUUGGUUUAUCUUCGGUUUGCUAGGCCGUGAUCCAUUUAUUGCCGUACCUAAUGGUCUUGGUUCUGUUUUGGGGGCAAUCCAACUAAUAUUGUAUUUCAUAUACCGUAACAAUAAAGGUGUUACAAAAAAACAGCCCCCAAUAGAUGAGGAAUCGAUGGAAAAUGGGCAAUGGAAAAACCCAUCAAAUGAAACAAUCUAAUGCAAAUGAAAUUCAAAGGAUGACAUGUCAAGAACCUUGUGUGCUUCAAAACAAAUUGUGUUUUGAUAGCUACAUAAUUAGCAACUAAAAGCAAGAACCUCUAAGAUAAUGGUUUUAUUUUAAUUAAUCAUUUAGCUUGUAUUAAUGCACCAAAACAAACAUGUUUUGGUGAAUUUUUAGUAGCUUCUUUCCUUUGUUGGGGCACAUAUGAGUUGGUUGCUGUUAAGUGGCCUUUUCCUUGUAACCUACAAAAUAAAACUGGAAAAUAGUACUAUAAUUCUAAUUAA